UUGCAGGGCUGUGGGCAAAUGCCAGGGUCAUCAGAUACACAUGUUAGUAUUGUACUAGAAGCUGGACAGGACCUGUGUGAAUUUGUCAGGCACAUAUAUGUAGGAUUCCUAGCUAACAAAGUGGACUUGUGCAUCUAGUAUUUAUUCAGAAUAUAUUUUUCAGAUUAACAAAACAAAGAAGCCAUGUUUAGUCGAUUAGUUUGGCCUUUACGACGUCAAAUUCGUAAUGCACAGCACUGCCAGAACAUCACAGAUUUAAAAGUUCUCACUAGUCGGUCAGCCUGUUACUUGUGUGCUGCAAAUCACGGGAACAGACAUCGAAAUACAGACGGCAAUUCAGCACUUUUUCCUGGAAAAAAAUUUCUCAAUGUCAAGAACAAUUUUUCAAGAUGUCUGUCAUCGGAAGCAGACAUCACAUCGAUUGAGAAACGUGACCAAUAUUUGGAGUUGCAUCAGGAGGGACAGGUGUUUACAAUUCCGUACAUGUGGCUGAGGGAUCACUGUCGCUGUUCACACUGCUUCAAUGAAGAGACAAAACAGAAGAACGUCAACCACAAGUUGACUUCGGGGCUUGGGACGUCCAGUAUUGAACUCGAAGAAUUGGGAACCAUACUGAAAAUUAAAUGGGAAGACGGCCAUGAGACUGAGUAUAGCGUGCAGUGGCUGGUAGACAACAGCUAUUCCACAGAGUCGAAGAAGAAGACAAUUCCACUGUUGUGGGAUAGCACUAAGAUCCACUCUGAACCGAUGCCGGUCGUAGACUAUGACUCGUACAAAACCUCAGAGACCGGCAUCAGAGAAACCAUGUACAACUUACUCAGAUAUGGAUUCUCUGUCGUCGAAGGGGUGCCGACGUCACUCCAUGACACAGAGGUGACGGUGGAGAAGCUGAACUUCGUGGAGGAGACGCUGUUCGGGAAGAUGUGGAGCUUCACGUCGAACCACGAGCGGGGCGACACGGCAUACACCAACAUGGAGCUGGGGGCCCACAAUGACACCUGCUACUACACCGCGCCAGCCGGUAUCCAAACAUUCCAUUGUCUGUGGCAUGAUGGGACUGGUGGGGAUACCUUGCUUGUCGACGGUUUCCAGGUGGCGGAGAAACUUCGCCAGGAAGACCCAGCAGCAUUCACCAACCUGACCAAUCAGAUUGUUCCACAUGAGUAUGUCGAGGAAGGAUUCCACGUUCGUUCUCUCGGCCGCGUGUUGACCAUCCACCCAGCUUCCAAAGAAAUGGAAAAUAUAAGAUUCAACCCAUACGACAUGGCCCCACUGGACACCAUCCCACCCAAUGAAGUGGAACAGUUCUACAAGGACUACAAGAAACUGACGAAGCUCAUCCGUGACCCGGCCAACAGCUUCUGGUUCAAGCUGCACCCAGGCAUGCUGCUUCUCAUCAACAACUGGAGGGUGUUGCACGGAAGAGCCAGCUUCACCGGCAAGAGGGUGUUGUGUGGCUGUUACAUUGCCCAUGACGACUGGAUGAGUAAAGCCAGGCUUGCUGGGCUUGCCUAAGGUGUAUGUUUAACAGGUUCGAAAUUUAGCUCAGCACUGAUGGCAAAUGCCUUGGUUGCCCUCCCUACUUAACCAUCAUGUGCCCCAACAGAUAAACAUUGAUGACGGGUACGAAAAAUUACAUAUUUGUCUUUGUGCUUUUCCCAUACAUCCCAAGUUAUAUUGGGUGGCCCCCCAAAAAGAUAACCCUACUUAAUAUGGAAUUAUUCUAAAAGUAUGGUGACUGUUACUUUGAUAUGUCACACCCAUUACUAUAUCAUAUUGUAUGGAUAUUGUAUGGAUAUGACAUGAUCAGUGAAAAUUUUAGGGUUAUAGGUUUUUUUGGGGGGGGGGGGGAUAUCCAAAUAUAUGUAUCCUUAAUUGCGAAAAUCAGUACAAAUUUGAGAAAGAAUCUUGAUUUUUAGUAACCAUGCACGCUUGAAACCAGUUUUGCAUUGGUGCUCUUUCAACUUGCCUUAGUGCCCUAAUUUUUCUUACUAAACCAAAAGCAACACUUCCCAUGCCCCUAUAAGGUCAAAAUUUGACCAUUGACAUUAUACAGAGAGAACAACUGCUUACUGGCUUAAUUAAGAUAUCUUCUUUAUCCUGCAAAGGCUAGAAUGGCUAGAUGCUUCGAGAGUACUGAAUGCUUCUUUAUCCUGCAAAGGCUAGAAUGGCUAGAUGCUUCGAGAGUACUGAAUGCUUCUUUAUCCUGCAAAGGCUAGAAUGGCUAGAUGCUACGAGAGUACUGAAUGCUUCUUUAUCCUACAAAGGCUAGAAUGGCUAGAUGCUUCGAGAGUACUGAAUGCUUCUU